AUGGACACACAAGUGAUUUUGGACGCUUUAAAGAAGCACUUUAACUUCGAAAAGUUCAAAUCCAAGUUGCAGAAGAAGGCCGUCAUAGAAAUAUGUCAAAGAAAAAACGACGUGUACGUAUCGAUGCCUACAGGGUCGGGAAAAUCGUUGUGUUAUCAGUUACCGGCGGUUUUGUACGAGAAAAAAGUGACGAUAGUAUUCUCCCCGCUUUUAGCUCUAAUAAAAGAUCAAAUUGAUCAUUUGUUGGCAUUGAAUAUAAGGGCUGCUUCUUUGAACUCCAAAACGGUUGUGGCGGAGAGAAAUGCCUUAUUGGCUGAUUUAAAAUCCGUGUCUCCAAACACCAAGUUGCUUUAUGUGUGCCCCGAACAGACCAAGACUUCCACAUUUAAGGACCUCUUUUACCACUUGGUAAAAUUCGACAAGCUAGCUUACAUAGUUGUAGACGAGGCCCAUUGCGUGAGCCAAUGGGGUCACGAUUUUCGACCCGAGUACCUCAAAUUGGGGGCCCUAAGGGACGAUUGUGCGGUGCCCUACAUAGCCCUCACAGCCACCGCAGGCGCCGAGGUAACAAAAGACAUCGUCUCGAGCUUGCGUCUAUCGAAAGACCACAAGAAAUAUAAAUCGUCAUGUUUUCGGCACAAUUUGUUCUACGACGUCGUCUACCAGAACAUCAUCGAAAACCCCUAUCAGCACCUCAAGGACUUUAUACAGGACUGCCUUGCGGAGGAGGAGGAGAUUUCCCUGCCGAAGGAGAAAAAGUCCUGCGGGAUCAUUUAUUGCAGGACGAGGGAGCAGACGGAGAUCGUGUCGGAAAAGUUGAAGAAAAUGGGGGUGAAGGCGUUGUGUUAUCAUGCCGGUUUGAGGAAUAAAGACAGGCUGGAGUAUCAGGAUAAAUGGUUCGAUGGAGAUAUACCGGUUAUUUGCGCCACCAUCAGUUUUGGUAUGGGGGUUGAUAAAGGAUCUGUUAGGUUCGUGGUGCACUGGGGCGUGCCCAAGGACCCGGCCUCCUACUACCAGGAGUCGGGCAGGGCCGGCCGCGACGGAAAACCAUCCAAGUGUCGGAUUUACUACAACCGAUCCGACAAGAAGGCGGUGGAGUUCCAUCUGGCCCACGAUCUCGGAAAGGCGAGAGAAAACGAGGCAAGGCGAAUUAAAACGGAAAACGCCAUCAAGGGGUUCAACAAAAUCGCGGCGUUUUGCGAAAAUCCGACCGAGUGUAGGCACAAAUUAUUUAGCACGCAUUUCGGGGAAUCCAUGGAGGAUUGCAAAAAAAUGUGCGACUUUUGUGUGGACAAAACGGCCGUGCAAAAAAUGUCGGAAAAUUUUUUGACGAAAAGUAUACAGUUCAACAGUAGGCCGAGCAAUGUCGUGGCCGACUGCUCGGAUUUGUACGGCGGGGGCAGGGAGGGAAUCAAAAACGAUGCCAAAGGGUAUUUUGACGACGACAACUCAAAUUCUGGCGAAUGGGGCGAAUUUCAAAGGGAAGAAACCGCCAAAAAAGAAGCGGCAGACUUGAUCAAAAAGCAAUUCGCUUUGAGGCGAAAUCCACAGGAAGUUUCUCAGACGACCAUAGAAAAAUUGUACGCCAAAAAUUCUCGGAUUAAAGCGGCCGCUUCGACAUCCACGAAGAUAAAGGGGCUCACAGUGGUGUUUAGGGAGCAGUACGUUAACAAAAUCCUGGAGGUUCUCUAUGCGAACUAUCAGGAAUGCGAGAAGGAGCCAAUCUUCCAGAAAAAACACAUCGAAGACUGCUCUGUGGACUUGGAGUACUCAAUUUUUACCACCAACACUACGAUGACGAUGUACAGACAAAAUGUUGCCAAAUUGAUUUCCAGCGUAAAGAAGAGCACGGCGCAAAAUGAGGUGUACGAGAAGAUCGUGGAACUGGAGGCAGCGCCGGACAAGCACGACACGUUGAGCGACCUGUUCGCGAACCUCAAGAAGCAGAAAAAACUGAACGGUUUCCAGACCGCCAAGCAAGCGCUGGAGAACCGCUUGAAAGCGAAAAUCGAGCGGGCCGAUGAAGAACAGUUGACGGUCAGCGACGACGGUGAAACAAGUGACGAAAUGAGCGCGAAAAAGGACAAGAACCUCAAGGAUCUGUUCGGGGAGGACUCGGACGACAGCCAGAGUGUAAAAAGUGUAAAAUCCGAGGGAUUUCGUUCGUUUAAGUUGAGUACGGAGGACGAUAAGCGGUUCGAGGAGGUGAACGUGACGAGGAGCUUUAAAAAACACGACACGAAACGCAGGAACAGUAGUGACGAUCGCGAGGAAGAUUGCAAACGGGUGAGGUCGGAGGAAAAAGUUGCGGAGAAGGUUUCGCCUAAAAAAAACGGGACUACUAACGACAAAAAUCAAAGCAGACCCGGUGCCGGCGAGUCGGAGAGACCUCAAACGUUGAGAAAACCUAAACGGCUGCAGAAAGUGGAGAUCGGGACUCUAGUGGUUAAACUUCUGACUCCUGCUUACGUGGAAAAGCGGUUCGAGUCACGGGACGUUUUUAAAAGCAUGGCUCGAAGUAUAUCCCAUGCCUUGGCUGACAAAAAUGAAAUCGAAAUAAAAGAUUACGUGGAGACUUUUCUGAAGAAGAAUGACGCCAUCAACUCUCAAACUAAAUUGUGA